GUUUCCAUUACGAAUCCAAUAAUGAGACGGACAAGCGGGAGUUCGAGAAGGCCGUGGAGACCAUCGCAGUGUCCUUCAGCAGCACCGUCUCCGAGUUCCUCAUGGGGGAGGUGGACAGCAGCACCAUCCUCUCCAUCCCACCCAGCGACCAGAACCAGGCUAUGGAGAGCCUCUACGGGGGGAUCCCCGGGCCUGGAGGAGACGGCAUGCCUUCGGGCAUGGAAAGCUACGACACGGGCCGUCCUCCUGCUGAGGAAGUUGACGUGAUGCUGCAGCGCUGCGAGGGGGGGGUAGAUGCUGCCCUCCAGUACGCCAAAAACAUCUCCAAGUACAUGAAGGACCUCAUCGGAUACCUGGAGAAAAGGACCACGCUGGAGAUGGAGUUUGCCAAAGGGCUUCAGAAGAUGGCAAACAGCUGCAAGCAGACCAUCAGUCAGGAGACCAACAUGCCUUUCCUGUCCAUCUACCUGCUGGCCCUGGAGCAGGAUAUGGAGCACGGGACGUCGGUUCUGCAGGCUGCCAACACCCUGCAGCAGCAGACCUUCCUCCAGCCGCUAACUGUGAGACGCCUCGAGCACGAAAAACGGAGGAAGGAGAUCAAGGAGCAGUGGCACCGGGCGCAGAGGAAGCUGCAAGAGGCGGAGGUGAACCUGCGCAAGGCCAAGCAGAUAUACAUGCAGCGCAGCGAGGAGCACGACAAGGCCAAGUACAUGGCAGUGAAGGCGGAGGAGGAGCAGCAGAACACCGCCAGCAGCAUCACCACCAAAACCCUGGACAAGAAGAGGCGGCUGGAAGAGGAAGCCAAGAACAAGGCAGAAGAGGCGAUGGCCACCUAUCGGACCUGUGUGGCGGACGCAAAUACCCAGAAGCAGGAGCUGGAGGAUACCAAGGUGAACUCCUUGCGGCAGAUCCACGAAGUGAUCAAACAGAGCGACCAGGUCAUCAAGACGGCCACCAUCUCCUUCUACCAGAUCAUGCACAUGCAGACGGCUCCGCUGCCCGUCAACUUCCAGACACUGUGCGAGAGCAGCAAGCUCUACGACCCCGGGCAGCAAUACGCCUCUCACGUCAGGCAGCUGCAGCGAGGAGACGAACCUGACAUCCAGUACGACUUUGAGCCCUACGUGUCCCACAACGCCUGGUCGCCCUUCACUCGGACACGGAAAGGCAGCUUCAACGCCAAUGACUUCUCCACGAACGCGGGCGCUGAUGGGGCCGGGCUGCCCAAGGACGGGGCCGUCUUGGAAGGAGGAGCGGGAGCCAAGGAGCAGCAGAGCGGGGCCGUGGCGGCCGAGCGGAGAGGUGAGCAUCGCCGUGGGAGGGGACACCAGGUCCACAAAUCCUGGCCGACCUCCAUUACUGAAGCUGAGAGCAGCCUGGAUUCAAACGCAGGUGAAUUCAGCCCUAAACUCCAGCGGCUGUCUUCCAACGGCACCAUGUCCUCCAGUGAAGAGCUGGAGGAGAAGGAUGAGAACGCCACCCCCUUUGAGCAGAGCAUCAAUGGGAUGACCUCGGAGAUGACAGCUCCAACGGGGCCCUUCCGAAAUGUUGGCUUGUCCAAGGCUGCCCAGACUCACCGACUGAGGAAGCUCCGGACCCCUUCCAAGUGCCGAGAGUGCAACAGCUACGUUUACUUCCAGGGAGCAGAGUGCGAGGAGUGCUACCUGGCCUGCCACAAGAAGUGCCUGGAAACCUUGGCCAUCCAGUGCGGGCACAAGAAGCUCCAAGGGAAGCUGCAGCUUUUUGGGCAAGACUUCACAAAGGCUUCCCAGAGUAGCUCAGAUGGCAUCCCCUUCAUCAUCAAGAAGUGCAUUUCUGAGAUUGAGAAGCGGGCACUGAAAACCAAGGGCAUCUACCGAGUUAAUGGUGUCAAGACCCGCGUGGAGAAGCUUUGCCAGGCGUUUGAGAACGGGAAAGAGCUGGUGGAGCUGUCCCAGGCCUCCCCUCACGAUAUCAGCAACGUCCUGAAGCUCUACCUGAGACAGCUGCCGGAGCCCAUUAUGCCCUUCCGCAUGUACAACGAGCUGAUGGGUCUGGCCAAGGAGAGCUUGCAGGGCGGCGAGGCCAAGGGCAAGAGCGGGAAGGGGGGACCUGAGCUGGUGGACAAAGGAGCCGACACAGACAAAGUGGUGGUGAACCUGGUGGUGAAGCUGAAGGAGCUGCUGAAGGAGCUGCCCUUGGAGAACAUGGCCACGCUCCAGUACCUCCUGCAGCACCUGAGAAGGAUUGUGGAAGUGGAACAGGACAAUAAGAUGACCUCAAGCAACCUGGGCAUCGUCUUUGGGCCGACGCUGAUGCGCCCGAGGCCCACGGAUGCCACUAUUUCCUUGUCCUCCCUGGUUGAUUAUCCUCACCAAGCUCGCAUCAUCGAGGCGCUCAUCAUCUUCUACUCGACCAUCUUUGAGAACAAGGAGAGCACGGCGCUGGCCGACUCCAGCAAAUACACCGCAGGCAGCAAGGAGGAGGCAGCCAACUGCCCUGACCUGGCCAGCGCAGGCUCACAGCGCGCAGCUCCUCCCGGCAGCGUCCCCUACCUGGAGCUGCCUCCGGAGAAGGGGAAUUUGGGUUACAGCGCCGGCUCGUUCGCAGAGUCUGGCGACCGCUCCGUUGACUCCGACUCCGAGCUGGAGGACAGCGGGGAGCUGCUGGCCGCCGCGGAGGGGGGCCCACGAACCCAACUAAGCAAACAGGAGAGCGAGACCAGCACAGACGAAGCUCAGUUCUGUUACUUCCAUGGCUUGAGUCCUUAA